AUGUCUAGACUAAACCCACAGUCUCAAAAUACACGAGAACACCUUCAACCACCCAGUAUAACCAUCACUCGCACUCCAUCUCAACGUAAUCAAGAGCGUCGAUCUACUCUUAUCCGCCCAGAUCUACAAGUGAAUGUUAAUGACCGACGAUCCUCCUAUAUCCAACCACUGGCAUCAGCAUCUCCCCAAUCCGCGUAUUUGUCUCCAGAUACUAAAUCGCCAGCCUCUGCAACAGCACUUCUCCCAAGAAAAUCGUCAGUAAGGGAAUCUAUUGGGAUCCAUGUUCAAAUUCCUGUAAAAAAGCGAAAGUACUGCAAUGAUGCAAUAUGGCUGCUGCUUUUUUUAUGCGCAACAGGCGGAAUGGCAACUAUAAGUUAUAUGGCAUUUACGCGCGGUUAUUAUCAAAGACUACUUUAUGAACGAGAUUCCGAAGGAAGUUUGUGUGGAACAUCUGCUGGCGAGGUCGAUUCGUCACGCGAUUUAUCUGGCCAACCAUAUAUCGCCUACUACAAUCUGAGUUCCACAAACUCAUUUCGUCGAUGUAUUUCAUCAUGUCCUGAUUUAACUGAUUCUUUUAGUUCACUGAUUUGCCAAUAUGGAAUGGACCCACCAGAUACUGCUUCAACCUCAGUUCGUCAAGCACUUGUGGCUGCUGGGAAUUGUACACUGACACAUGCUAGCACUCCAGUUUUUAAUCGAUGCGUACCCAAUGUGUUAUUUAAUAGCAUUUCAAAAGAUAUUGCCUUGACCAAUACUACCGCAGUGACUUUAUGGGCUUCCAAUUUAGUGGUAGAUUUUAACCACGAUACUUUUGCUGCAAUGCUUUUCCAGCAAAUCGCUUUGGAUUGGUGGAUUCUUAUAGUAUCUAUGAGCAUCACGCUGGUUCUAUCAUACUCGUGGAUUUUCUUGCUUGUGAUCAUGAGCAGGUUCAUCGUGUGGGCUACACUGUGGCUAGUGUUACUAGUGGCAUGGGGUGGAUCGGGAUUUUUGUUAUACAUGUAUAUUUCACUGCAGUACUAUGGACUGUCUCCACUUAGUUCUACUAUCUCAGCUGCGGGCGGCUAUUAUACUGCUUCUACGCUGCUUACAUUGACAUGCAUUGUAUUCAUCAUUUCAGUAGCCAUUUCUAUUUCGUCGUUUUUUUUCCGUAAAACAAUUGCACUUGCUAUCCGGAUUAUCAUUGAAACUAGCAACUCGUUUCGAAAACUUCAGGUUCUAUCAACAAUCCCACUUGCAAAAACAGGUGCUGUUAUUUUUCUUGGACUAUACACAGUAUUCAUUGUAUCGCUUCUAUCAACGGUAGGAAAAGUGGUAACGCCAAUUACACGUACAUACACGCUUCAUAAUUCAACAUAUACUGUUCCUACUGGAAGAGUGUUUGUACCAUCGAUACACAACAACUAUUUUCAAUGCUAUGCAUUUGUAUGGUUUCUAUGGCUAUAUAAUGUGGUGCACGCCGUCGGUGCAGUGUCUGUUGCAGGCGUGAUUGGUGAAAACUAUUUUACGCUUCAAAAAGAAGAUCCCGACGUGAUUCAUCAAUCUAUGAAAUCAGCUGUCGCUCGAGUUUUUUUGUCUCAUUUUGGCUCUACUUUGUUUGGGUCAAUCAGUAUCCCUUUGAUCAAAGUUAUCAAUAUUGUUAAUUGGUUUAUUUCCUCUACCUUUUCAAAAGUAGAAAAAAUAGAAGUUGCCAAAACAAAAGAUUUAUUUUUUGAUCGGUGGUAUCGGUGGCUCGGCGAAUGUAUGAUAUCUGUUAACGAAAAGGCAUAUAUCACGAUGGCUUUGUUUGGCCACCCUUUUUGCGAAUCUGCUAGACUUGGAGUGCGCAUUACCGAGCAAAACAGUAUCAGGCACGUAAAUUUUGAAAUAUUUGAGUAG